AUGCACAUGGAAGUCUACACAUUUUCGAGCAAUCCUGAAGACAGUGAGAUCGAUGCCGAGAAUUGGUAUGAAACUGAAAUGUGUGAUCAUAAACCGAACAUAAUGCCAUUCAUUACCAAUCCACAACACCCAAUUUUUCGGUUAAAAUGGAGUGCUCCGGCGUUUCUAGAACACUUUCGACGCUACACUAAUGUGGAUCGUGCUAGUGUUGGAAGUGAAUAUGAUCGCUAUGGAAUAGAUUUCAACACCAAACGACAUUUGUUACGGAUGACAGUGAUGUUGAAUACUAUUGGUGUGGUAUGGAAAGGAAGUUAUUCUCUAGCCGAGAGAGAGAUCAAAUUGAAGCAGAAUCGAUUGAAAACAAUUGUUUACGAUCAUCGAUCGAAAUUACAACGUGGUAUGACAGCAUCAUUGUCGUCUGCGACGAAGUCUCCAUACUCUUCUACAUUGAUCGAGGUAGUCAAUGACGAUUGUCUAUAUGUCUACCAGCAAUUAGUCGCACAGAAACGUCGCCCUGUACUUCUUAACAUGGCGAAUGCCGACUCUCCAGGGGGCGGUUAUCGUAGUGGUGAUGGCGCUCAAGAAGAGACUCUUUUUCGUCGUUCUGAUUACUUUCGAAGUCUCGACAUUGGUCUAGACCGUGGACAACCAACUGAUCGUUUUUCCUGUAAUUCAAAUUGUGAAUUGGAACCAUUAUCUGAACGCCAACGAAUGUAUCCAAUGGACACAUUUGGAGCAAUUUAUACAUCGGGAUUGACAGUUUUUCGUCAGAAUGAAGAAACUGGCUAUGCUUUUAUGAAAGAACCAUUAGCCGAUUUGUGUUCGAUUGCAAUGGCUGCUUAUCGAGAUCCAAAAGUGGACAACAACAAUUGUCUAACCUCCAAGUUUUCGGUUGGUACACGCAAGAAAAUUGAAAAUAUUUUUGCAAUUGCUCAUCAUCACAAACAUGAUUGUCUCAUUCUUUCUGCCUUUGGCUGUGGUGCUUUCAAAAAUCCACCAAAACACAUUGCAGCCAUCUUCAAGUCGGUAGCAGAACAAUAUGCCGGAUUUUUUAAAAGUAUCUACUUUGCGAUUAUUGACGAUCAUAAUGCAGGUCAGCAACUCAAUCCGCAUGGCAACUAUCGACCAUUCAAACAAUUACUCGAUGGUAAAGAAUUCAAGCCGAUAGAACACAAAAUGCAAGAUAUAAUGAUCGGUCCUUGGCGGAUUCUGAAUGUGAACAGUAAUAAACAAGUUAACUUGAGUGAUGUUAAAAUUUUGCAUCAAAAGCCAUGUAGUCAUGGAGGGAAAUGUAAUGAAUUACAAAAUGCUCAGCAUUGUGGUGAUUAUUCGCAUCCAUCUCUUUGUCCGUCGACGAACAGUAUGACAUCCUGCAAACUAUUGAACGAUGAAGAUCACGCGCUCUGGUUCGUACAUCGAACAAAAUGUCCGUUUGGUGGUGAAUGUAAGCUAUUGAUCGAGGACCCAACCCAUUCGAAUGAAUUUGAACAUCCACAGGUUUGUCACGAAGGUGGUCAGUGCAAUAAUUUGAGUUCUGAACAUUUGAAAGCUUUCCGACACGUACUCUUAUGCAGAUACGGUGUGGAAUGUGUCGAGUUUAAUAGAGGAACAGCGAGCAGUCAUUGUAAAGAAUUUCGUCACUGUAAACCGAUGUGUCGUCAAGGUCAUUUUUGUGUUCGUUUUCAUGAUCAAAAACACAUGACUGAAGAAAGUCAUCCAUUUCAACCGCCUUGUCCGUUCACUCCAUUUUAUUGUCGACAUCAUACUUUAUUAUCAGAAGUCAAAAAUAUUCAGUCUCUUCCUCCCGAAACCCAAAAUCACUGCCUUCAUUUUUCACACGUAUGCCGAUACGGUCGUAACUGUCAUGAAGCAUCGGAACUACAUUGGGAAAAAACAAUUCACAUCGCACGAAACCUUUGUCCUUAUGGGAAUCGAUGCUCGAAAACCACUCAAGAAGACCAUUUGAACUCAUUUUCUCAUCCAAACAUUGCGGAUAUUCGUCGUUUAUGCGUUAAUCCAGCAUACGAGUGUCCAAAUCGACGAACGCAUGACCACAUAAUACGAUAUCGACACAAUGGUAACUUUGAUCGUAGUGGUGUUAUUCGUUAUUUUGGAUUGAAUAUGGAGACAAAUUUUGUUAAAAAUCAAGAAUCAAUUAUUGCAGCGAUCAACGAUUAUAAUAAAAAGCCACUAACAAAAAUCCCGCCAGAAAUCCUCAAAUGGAUUCGAGGAUUACAACACGUACAUCGAUGUUCAAAAGUCAUUUUUGAAUCCAUACUUGUACAUGGCCAUGUCAUGUCACGUGAACAUAUGGAACAUUUACUAAAACCUCAAUUUGUAGCCCAGGCUGUUCAGCAACAUAGACGUGUUCAAAAAAUCUUCGAUCGACAUAAGAUUCAAACAAUAGAGGAUCGGGCAAAAGAGUAUAUUCGAGCCAUUGUGAAUGUGGAAUAUGCUAAGAAAGCAAAUGUUCUGCCUCCGUCUACAGGGAUUGGAGCAGGAAUAACAAGCACUAGCGAAGAAAAUGACUGCAUUAUACGCAGAAAUGAAACAAUUCUAAGUACUCUAACAAGUCAAGAAGAUGUUGAUAUUAUUCGUCGUUGUGCUACGGAGAUCGCUGAAGCUUCAUUGAAUCUUCAUGCUAAUCCAGCUGGAAUUGGCUACGUACCUGACAAAGCACUGGGCACCGACAGACACGUUUUCAGUAUUCUUGGUCCACAUCUGGGUCAUUAUUAUGGAGAUAUAGUCCUCGUUUUCAAACACGAAUUGAAGCACCAUCCGGAUGCGAAUUUCUCCAUGCAAGCAGCAACAUCGUAUUCAAGUGGACGUACUUUCACACAUCGACCGUGGAUUAAAGAUUCAAAUACAGCCGAAGGUCGCGUUAAACAAUUCCAUGAGUCAAAGUUGCACUGUUCGGUGCCAGGCUAG